AUGUUAAAACCUUCGAUGGUCUCAUUUCUCAUCACUCUCCUGUUGGCUGCAGCUCUCUGCACCCACGGACAAGAACCGGUGAAAGACACCGCCGGAAAUCCAGUUAAAGCCGGUGAACAAUACUUCAUCCAGCCGGUUAAGCCCGAUGGUAACAACGGAGGUGGUCUUGUCCCAGCCGCCAUUUCAGUAUUUCGCUUUUGUCCACUUGGAAUCACCCAAUCACUCCUUCCAACUCAACCGGGCCUACGGUUAGCUUCGGAUUUCUAUCCUCGGUCACAGACACCAUCCUUGACCGGAACCGUUGGAGUCGGCCCAGGGAUUUGGGGAACACAACUAGUUCUCAGCAAUGAUGAUGCUAAGACCAUACUCGUUAAAAUCGUAAAGGUUAACAAUGAUGCCAGUACGGCUACUACUUCUGCCUCUCGUGUUGAGAAGUUUGGUCUAAGGAUGUUUCCGUUCUACUACUCCACAAGUCAAAAUCAUUUGUAA